AUGGAUCCUAAAGUCGACUCAAGGCAGCUUGCAGACCAGUCUGAAGUCAUUCGCCUCCUCGCGACCGAUACAGUGCCAUGGUAUAAGAAGCCCAACCUCCGGUUCCUUUAUUUCUGCCUCAUUCCAGCAGCGCUCGGUGUCGAGAUGACCACUGGUUACAAUGGCUCUGUCCUCAAUGGAUUACAGGCAGUCGCCACCUGGCAGACAUACUUCGGGUUCCCAAAAGGCGCUCUUCUCGGUGUAGUCAACGCAUCGUAUAACCUGGGGGGUCUCAUCACUUUGCCAAUUGUCCCAUAUGUCAACGACAAAUUUGGCCGCAAGCAUAGCAUUACUUUCGGUUCUAUUAUCCUCAUCGUCGGCGUCAUUUUGCAGUCUACGUCUCAAAACAUUGGAAUGUUUCUUGCAUCCCGGCUCAUCCUCGGCACCGGCAUUCCCUUCGCUGUGUCAGGGGCCUCACAGCUCUUGGCUGAACUGACCUACCCUCGCGAACGCGCCGUCAUUACCGGCCUCUUCAACACGUCUUGGUUCAUUGGCUCCAUCAUGGCUGCUUCUGUAACCUUGGGCACACAUACGAUGAGCAACGACUGGGGUUGGCGCAUCCCGUCAAUCUUACAGGCUGCUCCCGCAGCACUCCAGCUUAUCUUCAUCUGGUUUGUUCCAGAAUCCCCUAGAUGGCUCUUAUCCAAGGACCGUAGUCAGGAAGCUUUUGAUAUACUCGUCAAAUACCAUGGCGAAGGAAACCGCAACUCAGCCAUCGUUAAUGCGGAGUUUAUCGAGAUAUCUGCACAGCUCAAGAUGGAAAUUGAAAAUUCAAAGUCACGCUGGAUCGAACUCAUCCAGUCUCCUGGGAAUCGCAAGAGGACGCUCAUUGCUAUAUGUGUUGGUCUCUUUACUCAGUGGUCCGGCAAUGGUCUCGUGUCCUACUAUCUUGCCAAGGUCCUGGCAACGGUUGGUGUUACAGAUAAGAAGACCCAGAACAUUAUCAACCUAUCUCUCUCCAUGUGGUUGUGUGCCACCGGGUGCGCCUUUUUGGCCGCUUUUAUGCCCCGCCGUGUCCAAUUUUUGACUGCCUUUGCCGGUAUGACUAUCAUCUUCUCGAUUUGGACUGGUGUCAGCGCUGCCUAUGCUCAGCACGGGACACACUCUGAAGCUAUAACCGUUGUUGCCUGA